UACUUAAGUAUAUCAUAUAUUGAAGAAGUAAUUAUGCACCACACUUUGUGUGGUGCAUGCCAAAGAUUUUCAAUGGUGAAAGAAAAUUUUAAAAGACCCUAUCAUUAUGGAACUUACAGUUUAGAUGAGAAGAAUAUAUUCAUGAAACAACAAUGCAAGUAAAGUUAUGAUUACAAACUAUGUAACAGGGACAUGGUAGAAAGAGACCCUGUAGUUUCAAGGGACUAACCAGUUAGAGGAACAGUCAGCAAAGGGUUCUCUGAGGAAGUGAAGUUGGAGCUGAUAUGUAAAGAAUGAUUAGGAAUUAAACAGAUAAAAUAUCAACAAAACCCAAUUUCACAUGUUUUCAAUCCGGGGGAGAAUUGCUUCUGUCAAUGCAAAGAGUCAAAUUGCAAAAUAUAUGAAGAGAUUUAUUCUGAGCAAAUAUGAGUGACCAUGGCCCAUGACACAGCGCUCAGGAGACCCUGAGAACAUGUGCCCAUGGUGGUCAGGGCAGGACUUGAUUUUAUACAUUCAUACAUUUUAAUAUAUACACAGGAGACACCAGUCAAUACAUUUAAGAUAUACAUUGGUUUGUGCAGAAAGGUGGGACAACUUGAAGCGCUAGCAAAAGAUUAUGGCCCUGUGUUCACUGUUUAUUUUGGCAUGAAGCCCACCGUGGUGUUGCAUGGAUAUGAAGCAAUUAAGGAAGCACUGAUUGAUCAUGGAGAAGAAUUUUCUGGCCGAGGGAGUUUUCCAGUGAUAGACAGAAUUACCCAAGGAUUAGGAGUUAUUUUUAGCAAUGGAGAAAGAUGGAAGCAAACCCGACGUUUCUCUGUCAUGGUUUUGAGGAAUAUGGGGAUGGGGAAGAAAACAGUUGAAGACCAAAUUCAAGAGGAAGCCUUGUGUCUGGUGGCAGCGUUAAAAAAAACCAAUGCAUCUCCCUGUGAUCCCACUUUUCUUCUGGGUUCUGUUCCCUGCAAUGUGAUCAGCGCCGUCAUUUUUCAGAAUCGUUUUGACUACAGUGAUAAGAAAUUUCAAACCUUGAUCAAGUAUUUCAAUGAAAACUUUGAAAAUGUGAGCACCCCUUGGAUACAGCUCUACAAUGCUUUCCCCUUUUUACGGGUUCUCCCAGGAAGUCAUAAUGUGAUAUUUAAAAACUAUGCCUUGCAAAUAAAUUUUAUUUUGGAGAAAGUAAAAGAACAUCAAGAAUCUCUGGAUAUCAGUAAUCCUCGAGACUUUAUUGACUACUUUCUGAUUCAAAUGGAAAAGGAAAAACACAAUAAACAAUCUGAAUUUACUAUGGACAACUUGGUUGCUACCAUAUGGGAUAUGUUUAGUGCAGGGACAGAGACAACGAGCACCACAUUGAGAUACGGACUCUUGCUACUGCUGAAGCACCCUGAGAUCUCAGCUAAAGUGCAGGAAGAAAUUGAUCAAGUGGUCGGCAAAAACCGAAGGCCUUGCAUGCAGGACAGGAGCCGCAUGCCCUACACAGAUGCUGUGGUGCAUGAGAUCCAGAGAUAUAUUAACCUCGUCCCCACCAACCUGCCCCAUGCAGUGACUCAAGAUACUCGUUUUAGAGAGUACUUUAUUCCAAAGGGCACAACAAUAUUAACACAUCUGUCUUCUGUCCUGUACGAUGACAAGGAAUUUCCCAAUCCGGAGAAGUUUGACCCUGGCCACUUCCUGGAUGAAAGUGGCAACUUUAAAAAAAGUGAUUAUUUCAUGGCUUUUUCUGCAGGAAAAAGAGCUUGUGCUGGAGAAGGCCUGGCCCGCAUGGAGCUGUUUUUAAUCCUGACCACCAUUUUGCAGAAUUUUACCUUGAAACCUCUGGUUGAUCCAAAGGAUAUUGAUACCACCCCAGUUCACAGAGGGCUUGGCUCUGUACCACCCUUCUAUGAGCUUUGUUUCAUUCCAGUCUGAUGAAAUGUCAGGCUGCUAGAGCAAGACCCUUCAGUCUCAUGUGAAAAAAUCCAGCUAUUUACUGUCCUGUGUGUCAACCAUCAUCUACUCCUUCCUUAAAAGCAGGAAGGCCAUCUCUGAGCCCUAUCUCUUUUAAUUUUACCCAUCCUUCAAAAUCCAUUCCAAUUUUCCCUGUAUGAAAGAAAAUUUAUUUUUGUAUCUCCAAUAAAAUUCUACUUGUAACAGAAUCCUAAGAUGAUAAGCUACAUUAUAUCUGUAGUGCAUAUAAAAUGGAAAGCACUCUAUAAAUGCCAUAUUUGGCUUUGCUAACACAAAUGAAAAAUCAGAAAUUAUCCUAUGAGAUUUUUAAAAAAGUUAAAAGUAUUAAAACAUGAAUUUUAUUAAUCUCUCACUCCUAUCUGUCUAUGGGAAUGAUGUCUUGACAGAUUAACUUAUAUACUUUUUUUUCCCCAGUGUUUAUUAAAAUAUAAUUACAUGUGCAUAUGUGUAUGUGUUGGAUAUAUAUGCUGUGUAUGUGUUUAUUUUUGCAUGUAUGUGUAUGUGUAUUCAUGUAGGGAAAAGAGAAAGGAAGCUCAUUCCAGCCAAAGGGAAUAAUGUGAGAUAAACUUGAAUUAGCCAGUCUGUCCCAGGAUGUCUUUUCUUUUUUCCCCUAGUGGUUAAAUACACACAUAUAUGGACACACACAGAUGUACAGACAUAUUAAGGCAAAGAAGAGGGGAAUAUGUAUUUGAACAUACACAAA